UGCGCCAAUAAAAUUUAAAUUUGAUUUCUCUUGUCUGUUUCUAAGGAAAACGUAACGCCCAAACUGAACAGACACUUAAGUGAACGUAAUACUCUCACUAAUCUCUCAUUGAUAAUAAACUAGAUCCACUGACAAGAUGUUUUUUUUGAGCGAUUCAAACAGCGUGUGCAUCUCCAAUGCAGGCGGUCAAAAUAUUGUGACCAGGGUUUGCUCACGGAAUGGCGAAUCCAUCAGUAUUACAAAUGGUACUAUCUACCAGAACGUCAACAUGACCAAUACAAGAAAACGAAGCCAUGACCAGAUGGACCCUCAGGAGGAACUAAGCAUGCCAUCAGGAAAUAAAACUAUUCGUAUGGACGGCAAUGGAAUGUUCAUACAGAACGGAGCCAAGACAGUGCGCAUGGAUGCAAACGGAAUGACUAUCCAGAACGGCAAUAAAGUCACGAGGAUGAACGGUAAUGGAAUGUUCACUGUCAAUGGCACUAACCUAGUACAAAUGAACGGAAGUGGAAUGCUGAUUCAAAAUGGUAACAGCGUCAUUCGCAUGGAUGGUCGUGGCAUCCACACAGAACGAUUGGAUCGAACAUAUCACAAAGCCAAAAGAACCCGGGCUCAGGGCUCCGGCAAUACGGUGCAGAUACAAGAAGUUGAAAAUGACGACGAUAGAAGCGAUGAAGAAGUCAAACAUGAAAAAGAGGCUGACAUUAUCAACGCUGUCACCGCGUUAGGCUUCGAUGAGAAUGAGGCCAAGGACCUUCUCAAGAGCGGGUGUUACAAAAGUGCGGAACAACUUGCCGACGCACUCUUCGAGAAGGAAGAACGCCUCAAGCAGGAACAUCAGCAACGGCAGGGUGGGCUGAACGAUGGGUCUCAGGGUGUUGAAAGUAGUGGAGGCACUACGUCGUACGCCGAAACAAGUGGAAAUGGAUAUGCAGCCGUGAAAAAUUUCUGCAGUAGCCCAGGUGGUGGGUCAGUGAGCUCGACAGUGAUGGAAGGUGCAGGCACGUCCGCGGAGUACCAGAAGCUUGUUGAGGAGAUUCAAGCGCUUAAAGAAGAGCGGCAGUGCAAAGUCUGCAUGGAGAGAGAAGCCUGCAUCACCUUCGUUCCUUGUGGCCAUUUUGUGGCCUGUGAGAAGUGCUGCUCUGGCCUGAAGUUCUGCCCCAUAUGUCUGUCUACCUUUGAAACCACAAUUAAAACCUUCAUCCCAAAAGAGUGAUAUAUACAUAGAUGCAUGUAAAUGUAUAAACAUAAUUAAGUGAAUAUCUUCACCACUACAGAUUAUACAUGUAUGUUCUAAUUUAGAUUUACACGUUUUUAUAUUCCAAUUGUAUCUCUUCAUUAUAAAAAAGUUUAUUUAAUCACGACGAGUUAUAGCGUGACAUAAUAUAUAGAAAGAACAAUAAAAUUUAAUCGAG